AUGUCAGUAUCAGUAUCAGUGUCAGUGCCAAUAAAAGUGGUUCCCCCGAACCAAAUAUCCUUAAUUCCUUCCAUUAUAAAGUUUGUAGUUUUGUUCUCAAUUUCUGCUGGAUUGGUAUACAUUACUUUACAAAACUUUUUACCAGCAAAAGGAAAUGUAGACUUUCAUUUUCCAAGAACAUACAAGGAUAUGAGCCAACUUUAUAAAGCAUUAGUAACCGGAAAAGGUCAAGACGACUUGAAAGUUAUCAUGUGCUACGCGUUAACUUACAUUUUUCUACAGUCGUUUGCUAUACCCGGUAGCGUAAUGCUUAGUGUUUUGGGAGGAAUGUUGUGGGGGAGCUGGAAAGCAUUACCGAUUGUUUGUUUUUGUGCAGCAACGGGAGCAUCGAUCUGUUAUCUAAUUUCCCUCCAUUUAGGACAAGUAUUUGUUCAAAAGUAUCUCUCUUCUCGAAUGAUAGUCUGGAAUAAACAGUUGGAAGAAGAAAGGCAACACCUAUUUUCUUAUAUAGUAUUUGUACGCGUGGCGCCAUUCUUCCCAAACUGGUUUGUAAAUGUCGCGUCACCACAUUUGGACGUUGGAUUGAACGUUUUCUUUUGGGCAACAUUGUUCGACGAAACACGUACCAGUCUAAUACUUUGUCGAAUCGCCAUGAGCAUCUUGCAAGGUGCAUUAGAAAAGCUUCUUGCGGAGGCAAAAAGUACCAAACAAAAAGAACUACAAGCACAAUGUACUGCAGCGCUAGAGAAUCUUCAUCAAGAGAUUGAUACGAAAUCAAAAGAAAUCGUUCAGAAAAGAUUGGAACAUGCGGCAAAACUAAAAAACACGUCAGACACGGACAAUUCCACUGUGGUAAAUGCUGCCACUAGUAGUAUAUCAGAAAAAGAUACGGGGAAAGCGGAAGAAAGGGAAAGUGUGGAGGGAGCAAAGAAAGAGAUUACAGAGAAUAAUGAAGAAAAAUUUAGCGAAAAUAGAAACAGCAAUAAUACCACCAACUCAUCAAAUGAAUCAUUGGUUAUAGUACAACCGACGCGAACUCCGGAACUUGAAUCACCUCGAUCGCGUUCUUCGGUUUCCAGUGCACUGUUUAUUCGUCCCAGUGAAGAUCUCCCAAAAAUAAUGAUGGACAAUUAUUGGCAACCAUUUAGAUUAGCUUGUAGUGCUUCGAUGCCUGUACAAGUUAGAGUUGCCGCAUUAGAUUCCUUGCAGAAAUUGAUCGCACAUGGUUUAUUAAAAGGAUCCACUCCAAUAGCGCCUCCAAAAAAUGCUCAAAUUAAAAAAGAUCGUCGCUCUGACGAGAACACUCAUAAUAAACAAUCCAGGUUCAGUGAGUCGAAUGAUUUGAAUUCCCUUGAUGUCACUUCAUUCGAAAGUGAGGCACCCGUUGUUGAAGGAAUUCCCCAUGUUACGCCAAGCAACUUUCCAAAUCCUGCACGGCUUAUCGACGAUGUUGUUCAUACUAUCUGUGUAGGAUUUGUGGGACCUCAUUUAGAUCAAACUGUUCAAUUGCAAAUUUUAAAGGUUUUACUCACGGUGGUCACUUCUGAAACCUGUCAAGUGCAUGGAAUCAGUUUACUGAAAGUUAUUCAGACCACCUGUAAUAUUUAUUGUUUUUCUAAAAAUCCAAUUCAUCAGGCGACUGCUAAAGGAGAAUUAACGCAAAUGGCAAAUUUAAUCGUGUCAAGAUGCGAAGAUUACGCAGUUGAUGUGACGAAUUACGAAAAUCAAAAGAAAGAGGAAAAUAACAAAUCAAUUGGGAAUAGUAAAGCUGCUGCUAUUGAAGAGUCUAAGCUAACGAAUGGAUUUAAAAAUAUGCAUGUUAACAACGGUAUAAAAGCGGAGACCUCCCUAAAUCCUAAUAUCAAUAACGGCAUUACCGAAUGGGAAGAAGCAAUUGAUUCUCCUUCCACUAGCGAAGAAUUUCAAGAACCUUACGUACACGAGCCGGAUCUAAAUUCUGAUAACAGCCCUAAUUCAAAGACUAUUACUAAGACUAACGAAUCCCAUAUUGUUACUCCUACUGAUGAUAAAUUUGACGAGAAAAUUAUUCAGAACAAUCAACCAAAAAAUUUAACGAUUUCUUCUGAUAAAAAAAUUGAACAUUUAACCUUAAGUCAAGAUAAAGAGGCACCGAUAGAGAAAGUACAAAUCUCAAAGAUUUCUUCUGAUUCUGGGUCAUCGAAGGACUCUGAUACUGAAAAAUUAGUAAAUUUAGCUCAAGAAUACACACAAAAAUCUUUGCUAACACCUAAAACCGAUCUCUCAAUAAAAAUACUUCCCGUUUCUGCAGAAUCAAAGAAGAAUAUAAAAACUCCCAAUCCAGCGAUUCCAACACGAAGUCACUUUAAUGUUCUACGAAAGGAUUUGUAUUUAACCUUUCGACUAUUCUGUCGACUAUCCAUGCGUAUAGAAGCAAAUUCAAAUCCAUAUAAUGAAGAGAUUAGUAUUCGUGGUCGAGCACUUGUGCUGGAAUUAAUUUUAUCAAUGCUGGAUAAUUCAGGGCUAGUAUUUCGCGGGGAGGAAGUUUAUGUUAAUUUAAUUCGUCAGUCAUUGUGUGUUUCUUUAUCACAGAAUGGCGUUUCAUCAAAUGAACAAUUGUUUGAACUGUCACUCUCAAUUUUUCUUUUGCUUCUUCGUUAUUACGCAGCACCGUUAAAAGCAGAAUUAGAAGUUCUUUUCAGUGAGAUUUAUCUGAGAUUUUUAGAUAUGUCGAAUGCAUCAUAUAAACAAAAACAGAUGGUAUUACAAGGUUUAAUGAAACUCUGCGCUAAUCCUCAGACGCUUGUAGAUCUUUAUUUGAACUACGAUUGUGAUAUUUCAAUGGCAAGUUUAUUCGAGCGGAUUGUGAACGCGCUUUCAAGAGUGGCACAAGGACGCUCUAAAAAUACAAGUGGCUCAGCAAUGGGAAGUAUAAUCGGUGCACACGCGUCUGGGUUAUUGUUGGAAAAUCGAGCGGAUUUGGCUGCAUUACACGAAAAAAAACUAAAGGUGAGAGGUUUAAAAUGUCUAGUGACCAUCAUCCAAUCUUUAGUGGAAUGGUGUAAGGACCUUGAUGGUAAUAAUUCAUCAGGUGAUCAAGAACCGCAAAUCCAACAGAAUCGUGAAAAAUCACCGGAAAUAACUGAAGACAAGAUCCCUGUAAUAUUCUCAAAACACCCGCUACUCAAUGUUUCUAUGAAAAGCUUCACACUAUUACACGCGAAUACCAGUAACGUGAGUGUAGGUACGAAUGAUUCUGAUGACCAUCCAGCUCAAUAUCAAGAGAUUAUGUCACGUAAACAGACUUUACAAACUGGUAUUCGACUCUUUAAUACUAAACCACAAAAGGGUCUUCAAUUCCUAACUGAGAAUAACUUUUGCAAAAACGACACGAACGAUAUCGUAUCUUUUCUCGUGACAACACCCGGAUUGAAUAAAGCUGCUAUUGGUGAAUAUUUAGGCGAAAGUGAUUCUGAAGCCAUCAAAGUUAUGCACGCGUUUGUGGAUCGUAUGGAUUUUACUGGACUUGGCUUUGUGGACUCGUUACGUUCUUUCCUGCAAACAUUUCGAUUACCCGGUGAAUCCCAAAAAAUUUCUAGAAUUAUGGAAAAAUUUGCAGAUCGAUAUUGCGAAACGAAUCCAGACAUAUUUGCAAAUGCCGAUACUGCUUACACUCUUGCGUAUUCGGUCAUUAUGCUGAAUACUGACCAACAUUCGGCUCAGGUCAAACGUCGAAUGGAUAAAUCGGAAUUUAUAAAAAAUAAUCGAGGCAUUAAUAACAAUACCGAUUUACCACAAGAAUUUCUUGGCGCGAUGUUCGAUGACAUUGCGAAUAAUGAGAUUGUGUUGGAAGAUGAGCAAAUUUCAGAGGUAGCCAAAGCUGCUAUCAAUAUUGCUAAUGAACGCGAGCGACAAGAAUUGUAUGAUCGAGAAAUUUCCCAAAUGCAAAAGAAAAGUCAUGCGUUACUGAGUAAUCGUCAAACUCAAAAGAACACCAUUUGGCGAAGUGGUUCACACUCGGAUCACGUGAAACCAAUGUUUGCAGUAGCUUGCUGGCCUGUGAUGGCAACUUUAAGUUUGGUUUUUGAGGAAUCUGAGAAUACGUCAAGUACUUCUAAUAAAGUCAAUGAAUUUGCACAAGCUAAUUCCGAGGCUGUCGAGCUUUGUUUAGAUGGAUUUAUGGGUGCAAUUCGAAUUAGUAGUGUUUUCCGAAUGGAUGUUGAAAGAGAUGCGUUUGUUUCGUCACUGGCAAAAUUGACCGGCUUAAAUCAUGUGGAUGAAAUGCGAUCCAAAAAUGUGGCUGCUAUUCGUACUUUAUUAUCGGCAGCUUCUUCAUAUGGUGAAGGUUUGCAAAAAUCAUGGUUUAUUGUAUUGAAAACGAUAUCCACCAUGGAACGCUAUCAAUUAAUUGAUAGUACAACCAGCUCAGUAAGUUAUUAUUCUGAUGGUAACUUUAGUGGUUUAGACUACUCACCAAGUCGAAAUAAUCCUACGAUAUCAAAUGGUCAAAAUACAAUCUCCACUCUGACUGUUUCCGUGCCUCCACUACCACGUCCCAGUAUCAAUACAACUCGUCGAGGAUCUCUUGGUGGAUUAAUGCGAGAAUUUCAAUCACAAAGUACCAUUGUCGCCAUUGAUCGUGUUUUCACGAAUAGUGUAAGCUUGAGCAGCGACGCCAUUGUAUACUUUCUUAAUGCUCUUUGUGCAGUAUCUUUGGAGGAAGUGGAUUCCUCGGUCACGAAUCCACGAAUGUACAGCUUACAGCGAAUUGUGGAAAUUGCUUACUAUAAUAUGUCACGUAUUCGAUUCGAAUGGACGCAAAUAUGGAAAAUACUUCAACCACAUUUCAACACGGUCGGUUGCCAUCCGAAUCAAAUUGUUGCCACCUUUUCUAUUGACUCACUGAGACAGUUAGGCAUGAAAUUCUUGGAGAGGGAUGAGCUUGCACAUUAUAAUGCCCAAUGCGAAUUCAUUAAACCCUUUGAACACAUAAUAAAAAAUACACCAUCCGGGGGUAUUCACGAUCUCAUCAUUUCAUCGCUAAUUCAAAUGAUUUCUGCACGCGCAACCAAUAUUAAAUCGGGCUGGAAGAGUAUUUUUAUUGUAUUCGGUCGUGCUGCUUCCGAUGAAAAUCCACAUCUGGUUGAUAACGCGUUUAGCGUCAUCAGGUUGGUCUAUCGACAGCAUUUGGACUUGAUUGGGCCAGCUUUUGGAGAAUAUGUAAAUUGCUUAGUAGAGUUUGCAUUUAACGCUCGGGAAGAAAAUAUUAUCAACGAAUCAAUAAGGAUGAUGCAAAGUUGCUUGAAGUCGCUUGUCAAGGACCUCGAAGGUUCCGACAAAUCAGAAAAAGAUACGCCGCUUAGUUCGCCGAGUUUUCCUUUGGAAAAGAAGAAAUAUCAACAUAUUGAAGAAGAACAGUUUUUCUUAAAAUGGUUCCCUGUAAUCUUAGGAUUAUCACGUCUGAUUGUUGAUCAUGCAUCAUUGGCGACGCGAAAUAAAGCAUUAGAGGCGUUAUUUGACACUUUAAAAUCCAAUGGACAUCUUUUUGAGACAAGCUAUUGGAAUAAAAUUCUACGAAAUGCAAUACUUCCUAUAUUUGAGGAUCUAAAAGAAGUAGUACCAUCAUCCCAAUCGCAACAGGUCAAUGUUGAAUCAAAAAAAUAUGAGGCAACAUACGAAAUUUGGAUUCAAACUACUCGUCUAAUGGCAGAAAUUUAUGCUCGCUUUCAAGAAACUUUUGUAUCUGAUACUGAAUACAUAGUUAAACUCUUGUCAUUAUUAAUAGCCAUGCUUAAACGGAAACAUGAAAAGCUGGGACAAACGGCAAUACGUUGUUUCCAUAAUAUUAUUGUCAGAAAUGGGGCAAGAUUUGAUGCAAAACAUUGGGAAAUAGUCACCAAAACAUUAGAAGAUAUUUACAAACAAACAACACCAAAUGAAUUCUUUGAAGUUGAAUUCAUAAACUCAAUUGAAAAUAACGAUCGUAGGAGUGAAGGGCCAAACACUAAAGGAGUUAUAGGUGGGGGUGCACUAGUUCCGUCAAAUACACUUGGUAAUGUUGAUAAAUCAAAGGAUUCAAUAUCGCCUACAAGUCAACAUGAUAAGCAAAAGCCUCCGAUGUCAAAAGUAAAUGAAGACAUAUUAUAUGCACUAAAUAAAUGUUCAGCACAACUGGUUCUCAUUCAAUCAGUUAAAGAGCUUGUACUGAGUCAUGCAGCAACACCCUGGUCUAACGAAAAUGUACAUUUUUUGACACAAAUGCCUGCAGCAUGUCGUAAUCGAUGGCUAAGAUGCCUCUACAACUCUUAUAAAUUUGCUCACGAAUUUAAUGCUCGGCAUGAUCUUCGGCAUGCACUUUGGAAGUCUGGAUACGUGGAAAAAAUGCCAAACCUUGCAAUGCAAGAAACUUUAUCCUUGUCAGUUUUUCUUCAAAUAUUAUUCGAUCUGUAUAGGACAAUCGGAGAUGAUGAUCCUGAAUUAUUACCACCAUUGAUAGAGAAAUCUAUAAACGUGCUAGAAAGAUUCAUUUCUAUCAUGACUGAUCCUAGUGUUCAUAAUCAGCCUCGCGAGCUGACCACCUGGUCGCCAUUGGUAAUCACUCUCUUGAAGGAAUUGUGUGUUACUAGUUGGGAUGUAAAUCGAGAAGACGACGUUGAUUCAGAAGACGGGGUAAUCGGAUCAAAAGAAGGUCAAAGUGUUAAAAAAGUACCGCGAUUAUUAAGGUUACGAAAACGAAUACCCGAUUUCUAUAAGUUAACAAUCAAAAUGAUCGGGAUAGAUAAAGUCGAUGUGCGUGUUGCGAUACAAGAAUUUCUUGAAAAAGUCGGCAAUGAUUUUGUCAAACUGGCGACUCCAAAAAUCCCCCAUUCUUUGCCUUCUCCUAAUCAUAUCUCAUCACCAUCAGGUUCUUCUCGAAAGCGUACGCCGAACAGUUCACGAACUUAUCGGUUAAACACGACUCCGAUACGCAAUAGAUCUGGGAAAAGCACAAUAAGCACGAUUUCCAAUCAUACAACACCCUCGUCAUCGAUCUCGGCAUUCCCGCAUGGUGUCGCUAUAAAUAGCUUUUUUAAGUCGACCAAAAGAAAAAGUCCCAAGAGUAUUGUAAGGAAAGAGGUAUUAAAAUUACAUGUUGUUGAAAAAGAUUGGAUUGGUGGUCCAGCAAAAACUCCAACCAAAAAAAAAUUCAAAUCUGAUCGAUUUAUCCCAAACCGUGAAGCCAUGGACGAAACGUCUACGCAAUUUAACAUCACUUAUCGAGAAUCUGGAACUGAUCAAACCAUCAACAGUACAGAUUUAGCCUACCAAUCAGAGUUAGCACGCGCAUGUGGUAUUGCAAUUGACAAACGUAUUCUGGCAUUUAAUGUAAAUCCACCACCGAAAGAGAGAGCGGAUCUUGCUCAAAAUUAUAAUCGUCCUUUACGUUCUUCCAAUGAGAACUAUAAAAAGAGACGGAUUCUCAAAGUGCCCGAACGCGUCCUCGAUGCCCCUGGAAUGAAGGAUGAUUAUUAUCUCAACUUACUAGAUUGGAGUUGUAAAAACAUGUUGGCCAUCGGUCUAGAUAAAAAUGUUUAUAUAUGGAAUGCAGAUACCGGUAAUGUUACUUCUAUUGGCGAAAAUUCUAAUGCUGAUGAUUAUGUGGCCAGUUUAUCGUGGUCUUCUGAUGGAGAGCAUUUGGCGAUUGGAAUGAGUGAUGGUGAUGCGCAAAUCUGGGAUGUUAGUAAAGCCCAAAAAAUUCGAUCAAUGUUGGGACAUUCCGCGCGUGUUGCCGCUUUGUCUUGGCGAAACUUUAUAUUAUCAUCAGGUUGUAAAGAUGGUAGCAUAUGGAAUCACGAUAUAAGAAUAGCAGAACACCGUGUGAAUGAAUUAUCGGGACAUAGAGAUGAAAUUUGUGGUUUAAAAUGGCGUUCUGACGGACUCCAGCUUGCCAGUGGAGGUAAUGACAAUAGAGUUAAUAUAUGGGAUUGCCGAUCUAGCUUGCCAAAGUAUACCAAAGAAGUUCACGUAGCAGCGGUAAAGGCGAUUGCAUGGUGUCCAUGGCAGACGAAUUUGUUGGCCAGUGGUGGAGGUUCACAUGAUCGUAAUAUACAUUUCUGGAACACGAACAAUGGUAAUCGGCUUCAAUCAAUUAAUACAGGCUCACAAGUAACAUCAAUCGUUUGGUCUAGGGAGUAUAAGGAACUUUUAACCACACAUGGAUUCCCCGAUAACAACCUAGCAAUUUGGGCCUAUCCUUCCUUGCAAAGAAUCGAAAACAUCAAGGCUCAUGAUACCCGCGUAUUACAUUCAACUCUUAGUCCUGAUGGACAAUUCGUGGCAACUGCUUCGAGUGACGAAAAUUUGAAAUUCUGGAAAAUUUUUGAAAGUAGAGGAAAAUCUACAAGAACGAAGAACAGCGAAAAACAGAAUAAUGGGACACUCGAAAAUAAUUCAACUAUUCGUUAG